AUGGCUCGUCCGAAGAAGGCGAAUGCCGCACGGGUUGCCAAUUGGAGCAAGGCUGUUGGCACCAUCAAGAACACCGCAAAACGUGUUGUAAGCAUUGUUACUCCACGGAAGAAGAAGCGAAGGAGAGAUGAGAAUGAGCCAGACAUCACGACAAAUGGUGUUGCUGAUGACACUAUUGCACGGCGCAUCCCUCCCGACAAUGAUCCGUUUGCCACUCUUGGUAUACAGUCAGUCUUGCUACGAGCAGAUACAUUGACAGAAGCUCCCGAGGCUACCGGAACUCCGAUCACAUCACCCCGGCUUCGCAGCUUUCUCAGUGAUUGGAAGCCUCGGUCACUCGCACGAUUCUCGCCCUUGCGUACUCGGAAGAUGGAGCUACCAAUAGAGGACGAUGAUACAGUAUCCGUCCAGGAAUCCCUGUGGGGCGACUCCGUCUCUAUCUUGGGUCAGCGCUUUUCGAAACCUCCCCAGACACUUGGCAGCACCGUUCUAUCAGACUCGGACUCCGAGUUUGUCUUCUUCCUGGCAGAUGAUGAGCAAGAUUCUCACCCUUUUGAUCUGGACACAGUAUGUGAUGAGGAGGAACUAUCCACGCGACCAGAUCGUUGUCCUCCGGCCAAUCCCUCCCCGAUUAUUCCACUACUCGCAUCAAAUCCACAUCUGCGUGAUGGAUACCUGCGUCAGGCACCCAGUAUCACAGCCGCUCUUUCAGCCCUUGUCGAUCUUGAUCGGGUGUUGCGACCGCCUCGCAAGAAGGGACCUGGAUAUCUGGAUCCCAAGCUUGAUCCAUUCACGCGUUCACGGAUCGAGGGCAUUCGCGCCCUCUUGGCCAUGUAUACCAGUGAAUUAUCUAAUACGCGAGGCAAGUGGCGGAAGUCCUCCACCGCAGCAGCUGUCGCACUCUGUCGUGGUGAAUAUUGUGCUCGGGUUCUCCGCCGUCUUUCUCGCGAGUACAUUCUCGAUCGCGAGGUUCUCCCUGUCAAUCCGUUUGGCGAAUGGAAUCAUACCAUGUUGACCAACGAGGAUCUGGUGAACGAUCUCAUUGAGUACCUGCAGCUCCUGGGAUCAACCAAGAGUGUAGAAGGUCGGGAGGACGGGAUCUCAGCAGCAAAGGUCCAGGCUUGGUUUUCUCUGCCAGAGAUUCAGGAGAAGCACGGUAUUCUUUGGUCCAUCUCACUUGCCACCGCGAAGCGCUACUUGAAUGCACUGGGGUAUCGUUUUGGUUCACCCGUUCAAGGGCAGUAUGUUGACGGGCAUGAGCGCGUUGAUGUGGUUCAUGAUCGGAACAACAUCUAUAUUCCCCAGCUCUCGGAUUUGCGCAAACGCAUGCGUGUCUUUGACAAAAAUGGUCAGGAGAUCACAGAAACUAUGCAGGCCAGAACUGAUGCUCUUUCAAUCAUCCCUGGGACUCGUGUUGUGCUCUGGUAUCAUGACGAGUCGAUUUUUUAUGCACAUGAUCGUCGCCGUCAGGGUUGGCGUCACAAAGAUGCCUCGGUCAAACCAUACAAGAAAGGCGAGGGUUUAUCUCUAAUGGUGGCCGACUUCUUUUCCGCCGACUUUGGUUGGCUGAUUGGCCCGGAAACUAAACAUUCUGCUCGAGUCAUUCUUGCACCUGGAAAGAACCGAGACGGCUAUUUCACAAACACCGACAUUGUGAAACAAGCUCGUGACGCCACUGAGAUCUUGCCUGAGUUCGGGCCAGGAUUCCAGCAUGUGUUUGUCUAUGACAAUGCAACGACACACAAAAAGCGUGCCGAUGAUGCUUUAUCCGCUCGCAGGAUGCCUAUGUCAAUGCCAGCCAUGAUAAAAUCGGGGAAGAACGCUGGUAAGAUGCGUCCGAACUUUCUGGUUGAGCAGACAGUGCUCUCUCCCGAUACCAACAAGCCGCUUCACAACUCUGAUGGAUCUUUGAUGAAGGAGAAAAUUCAAAUGACGGGUGCCACGCACAACGGCGCCCCUCAGUCCCUAUACGUCGAGUCCGGUCCCAACGCGGGGUUAUUCAAGGGCAUGAAGCGCAUCUUGGAGGAGCGUGGCUUCAAUGUCAGGGCUAUGGCUGCCCAAUGCACUGAAUUCAACUGUGCCAUGAAUGAGUCCGGGACUUAUGACAACUGCUGCAUGCGUCGGACUCUAUUCAACGAACCAGAUUUCUCUCGUGUUCGAUCCGUGCUCGAGGAUGCGUGCAACUCUUUGGGUGUCCAGGUGAUAUUCCUCCCGAAAUUCCAUUGCGAACUCAACCCCAUUGAACAAUGUUGGGGCUAUGCGAAGCGGCUGUAUCGGCUAUGUGAGGAGUCUUCGAAAGAGGAGGAUUUGCGUCGGAACAUGCUGAAUGCCUUGGAUUCGAUUCCGCUGAUCUGUAUGCGACGUUUCUGCAACCGCAGCCUUCGUUAUGCAGAUGCAUAUGCAAAGGGCAUGAACGGGCGCGAGGCCGCAUAUGCCACUAAGCGUUAUCGAGGUCACCGAUCCAUCCCUGUUGAUUAUAUGAAGGAUUUUGAGUCUUCGGGUGCUCUGGAGGCAUUCAAAGAGCUCCGUCAGCUUUAA